UUACUUUUUGUGUGUCUCAACUUUGAAACGCCUCUACCAUGUCUGCUAUUGAAAARCCAACAUGGCACUAAUUAUGUCCUGUGUGCACUACUUUUGUCAUAGUAAACCCACUAAACUUGUCCCCAGGCUCAAUUGGGGGAUGAGAAUAUAAACUCACAACCAUAGGACUACAAUACAAUAUUCGGACUGACGCUCAUGUAGUUAGUUAUGACAUACACCGGCAGUCGUCCAGUAAUCACAAUGGAUGUAUUCAUGUAGCCAUUUCUAUUUACAGAAGUUUUCUGAAAGGGCUUUAUCGAACAGUGAGUUUUUGUAACGACUGGGGCCACAAGCCAGGGGCUCGUWGCGCGGUGCUCUGACGUCAUCAUUGCCAAUGUGUCAUUCGCUAUGGGGCUCCAGGAGGUUGACCUGACUCCCUCCGCGAAGAGACGGGGCGCAGGAAAGCAGUGAGAUCGAAACAUCCUGUAAAACAGAACUAACGUAAACAAAUGCAAUAUACAGCAUUUUAGUAUUGUUUGUCCGUAAAAAUCMAAAUUUUGCUACAGCUAGCUUGCAAACAGUUGAGAGUAUUUCAAUUGAGGAGCACGUCGACYUCGGUCUGGUCAACUUGGAUAGCUAGCAGUUAGUUUACACAGCUAACGUUAGGCCUAGCGUGAAGCUAUCCACCGCAGGAAAAGCAACAUACGAAGGAAUGAGUGAUGACCUCUGUUGUGGUGGCAGAUGGUGGAGGGAAUAUGGUGGAGUACGUCACUGUCAUGGAAGAGACUGAGCAGGAGAUAGUGGAGACGGUAAUAGGGGAGGAUGGGGAGGAGUAUCCUGCGGUGGUGGUGGAGGAGGUUCCCAGUGCCCAGGUGGAGCAGUGCUACGCUGCCCAGGUGCUGGUCUACGAUGACGGGACCUACCUGAUGCAGGACGUGGGAGACGAGCAGGAGGUGGUCACAGAYGUGGUGGAGACAGUAGAGGUGUCAUCACAUGGGGGUGCCAUGUGCUUUGAUAAGACCUUCGAAGCYGCRGAGGCCCUUCUUCACAUGGACUCCCCUWGCAGUUUCCAUGGAGACCGCAACAACACAGUGGAMGACGUGAUGAUGGAGACUGUGGUGGAGGUGUCUACAGAGUGUGAGCCCAUUGAGGAGGACAGCUUCCCUAUACCCCCCGACUACGAGCCUCCCUCUGCCAAGAAGAAGAAAGGGGGAAGGAAGUCGAAGACACAACAGCCUCAGCCUGACACCAACUGCACCAUUGACCUGGGGAUCAGGAAGAGACCCAGAGAGGGAAAAGGGAGCACCACCUACCUAUGGGAGUUCCUGUUGGAUCUCCUCCAGGACAAGAACACCUGUCCCAGGUACAUCAAGUGGAUGCAGCGGGACAAGGGCAUCUUCAAACUGGUGGACUCCAAGGCGGUUUCCAAACUGUGGGGCAAACACAAGAACAAACCUGACAUGAACUACGAGACCAUGGGCCGGGCACUCAGGUARUACUACCAGCGGGGGAUAUUAGCGAAGGUGGAGGGUCAGAGACUGGCUUACCAGUUUAAAGACAUGCCCAAGAACAUCAGGGUGAUCGACGAUGACGGGGAUGAAGAGGGCGAGGAGUGUGAGGGGGAACCCUCUGAGCACCACCGGGCGGUCCAGACCCUGACCCUUGACCCUGCCACCUCCACCCAGACAAAGCAGAGCUACGUCACUGUCGUCCCCACUGCGUCCGGCAACAGGACCAUGCGUUUGGCCAUGCCCAUGGUCAUGACWACGACGCUGGGUCAGAUGACCCUCAACUCCUCCACCGUCUUCACCACCCAGGCUCCCAUCACCCUGGGCAACGCCCAUGCCAGCGGGCCCAAGCUGGUGAUCCAGACCCUGCCCACCAUGAUGCCCUCCGGGGCCAAGAGCGGAGAGAAGAUCACCAUCAUCACCAUCCCUGCGGCCCAGCUAGCUCAGCUAACGCAGGGCAACCUCUCAGCCCAGCUCUCAGGCCAGCUAGCUCAGCUCAUACAGGCCAAACCAGUCACCCAGCUCAUACAGGCCAAACCAGUCACCCAGCUCAUACAGGCCAAACCAGUCACCCAGCUCAUACAGGCCAAACCAGUCACCCAGCUCGUGCAGGCCAAACCAGUCACCCAGCUCGUGCUAGGCCAAGCCAGUUCCAGCCCGUCGUGCACGCAACCAGUCACCCAGCUCGUGCAGGCCAAACCAGUCACCCCAGCUCGUCACACUGGCAGGCCAAACCGUCACCUCAGCUCGUGCAGGCCAAACCAGUCACCCAGCUCGUGCAGGCCAAACCAGUCACCCAGCUCGUGCAGGCCGAACCAGUCACCCAGCUCGUGCAGGCCGAACCAGUCACCCAGCUCAUGCAUGUAA